UUUUCAUGAACUCCCAGUCCUGUAUAAAAAGAGGAUCCAGACACGAUCCAGGCACAGAUUUACAGUGUUUCUCAGCCUGUGCUCUGCUCCUCCAGCUGCUCUCUCUCAGGAUCAUGAAGGUCUCUGUGGCUGCCCUCUCCAUCCUCAUGGUCAUGGCUUUCAGCUCUCUAACAUCCUCUGCACCAUGGAGCAUCAUAACUUCUCCCUUCUGCUGCUACAAAUAUAACAAGCGGAUCCCAAGACAUCUUGUGCAAAGUUAUGUUGAGACCGGCAGCCAGUGUUCCAAACCAGCUGUGGUGUUCAUAACUAACAAUGGAAAGGUGUGUGCCAACCCCAGAGAUGCCUGGGUUCGGGACUAUAUUAAUUAUGUGAAAUCAAGGUCUAACCCUACAGGAAAAUAGACUGAGCCAAAGGAUUCGACACUCAGAAGCAAUCUCCCCAGACCCCAGCCUUCCUCGAAGCUUUAUAUAAGUGAAAUUUAAUUUAUGUAAAUUAUUUGGUGGCAAUUUGGGGUAUUUAUUAGUACUAUUUGCACUUUUGGAGGAUACUGGUCUUCCCCAUGGAGAGCUCUGUUAGCAGCCAAACCUUGGUUCCUUUGAAUCCUGGGGCCAUUUGUUGGAUUCCAUAACCAUCUUUUGGACAAAGAUUUCAUAAUAAAACUUUU